UCCGCUAUUUCUUCAGUCUCAUCUGCAGCCUCUAUGCCUGUCUUUAUGUUACCCUUUUUCGUUCAAGCCUCUGCCACCUAUGCUGCAGAAUUGGCUUCCAAAGAAGCGAUCCAACUUGAAGCGAAUCGGCUGCGCCAGCGUUUGAUGGAGGACACGCGGAACUCGACUGAACAACGUGUCAAUCUUCAGGAGAAGAUUGAUUUUCUGGUAUUCUUAUCCAAAGUGGACUGCAACUUCGACCUCGCCUAG